CGUUUUAAAACACUGGGUUCGUUUACUGUUGAAUGAUGCCGCACUCACAACAUUAAAAGUUAUAAAAUAUAAACCCAAAAAUGACAACCAACAAGGGCAAGGAUAGAAGCCUAACCGACGUCUUCGGAGACAUGCAGCUCAGCGACACAGAGUGCUUAGUGGCACAUCAAGAAGAUCCGUGCAAAAUGCCCCAAAGCGCCCCGAACGACAGUUGUGACGACGCGGGAGACAUCAGCAGUAUUAUUGUCGUGGACUCUGAUGCGUCGCCCGAGAUCAGUUUCAUAGAUCCGGGUGACUUGAUAUACAGCGUCUGCGGGGAAGACAGCAACGACAACUUGGCCAUCACCAUCGAGGAGACCGAAAGCGAGGCGGCGGAUGAACACGCUGGGUCCGCCGGAUUAACUUCACCGCUUUCUGACCCCGUUGUUGCCAUAGGUCCUGGUACUACCACCAGUGCCGUCGACAUGAAUACUGCGAGGUCAUCGAUGUCGUCGAAGUCUGCGUUAAAGCGCUCGACUUAUUCCCUCAGCGACGACAACAGCGAAACUAAAAAACGUAAGCUCGAUGCCAUCGGUGGUGCCGGCUCGGAGGCGUCAAGGCAGGGAUUAAAGCGCACAUCGCCGUUUUCUCUGGGCAAAAACAUUCCGGCCAAGAAAAUUAUGGAAGAAAUGACAGCCUUAUCGUCCAGUCCCAAGGUUGUCACACGCAGCGGUCGUGCGGUGCGAAUGCGCCUGGACAAGAAAUUUGACUACUCGUCAUCACAGCCGGAGGAUGACGAAACAGAGGAGCCGAAUUGGUCGAGUCCCAAGCGACGCCGCUCCAGUCACGGAAGUAGCCGAACCAACUCCAGCACUGGCAGCUCCUCGCAGAUGGAGGGUACACUAAUCUACUUGGACCUAGAGCCUUCAGUGGCCACCAUUAUGCAUGAACCAUUAGAAAAUUUAGUUCUGGACGACGAUGACGAUCUGAAAACCAAGAUUCACAAGUUCCUGGGCCUGAUACCGCGUCGUCGCAAACUGUACAAUCCCGAGGACCACCUGCAGCCGGAUGAUCCGCCCCAAAAAGAGGUGGCACCUUCGCGCAGUUUUCUUCAAAUUACCUCGGCGCCAGCACAACCGGUCAAUUCCGGGCCACCGCAGGUUCCACCGUCGCCUAAGCCAACGCCAACGAGAUUGAAUGCAUCGCAUCAUAAGAUGCUGAACGAUACGAUGCUGUUGGGCAAUGCCUUCACAAUAGAGACCGAGACGCCGGACUACAUCCAGGAGCCGAUCGAUUUAACAGACCUGCCAAGCGAGAAGUUUCGGGCAAACAACUGUCGACGGCACAAGAGCUGCAUCGCCUGCCUGGAGCAGGAUCCUCAACUCUACAGCUUCGUAGAUUCGCUUAACCCCGUAUCAUCGCUCAAACUGUGCCAUCCUCAGGCGCUGCCCUAUCGCAAAAGAGACUUCGAGAGCUGCAAGCAGGCGUUGGCCAAGAAUCUGUUCAACAUGUUUAACCACGCCAUAUUCCACUGCGCCCUGCAGCCAGACAUAGUGUGGCAACGCAGUCUGGGAAAACCUUGUCGCUGCGAAAUGACCAUUGACUCGUCCGGCCAGCGGUCGGCCCGCUUUCUCUUGUGGCAGAAUAUCAAUCAUUCGCGCAUGCUGAUCAAACCCCUUCUCCACGAAAUGUGUCAUGCCGCCGCCUUUGUUUUUAACCGCGAGACUGGACAUGGCCAGGCCUGUCGCCAGUGGGCCUACCAGGCAAAUCAGCAGCUGACUGAGCUAACGUUAAUUGAUGUCUGCGACGCCCGCUUUAAGUACGUGUGCUCCAUGUGCGGUCGCGGGUCCUACGGCCUCAUGGACUUCGGUAUGGACAAGGAUAUGCUGCGCUGUCACUACUGCCAGUUCGAGGUGGUCGCAGAACCGUGGAGCGCUGACUGCCUUUACGACUGCAUCCGCCCGGACACGACAAUGACUGAGUUCAAGAAUUUUAUUUUCGAUAAAUACCAGCAGCUGACUGAUCAGGAGGGGGGCACCUCGCACAGCACCAAGAUGCGAUGCCUGAACCAACAGUAUCUGAAGAUUAAGUUGUAGACGGUCUGUGAUUAAUCCAAACUCGAUUACCUUACUAUUCUUAUUCUCUUUCUUUUUAUUUAAACUUUUCGUUUGUCUUGCAUAUAUCUUAAUAUAUAUAUAUAUUUUUUUUAAAUUAAGUUCUUGCUUUCGAAGAAAGGAGAAACUACCAAUGUGAAAUAAACUGUGAAGAUUUGUGUUCGACAAUCAAAUAUUAGCAUAAUCCAACCAAAUUCCUGUUUAUACAGGUCGCGCAUGGACAAAGAUAUAAAGAAUAAGAUUCAUAUAAAAUCCCAAAAUUAUAGCGUAGAAAUCGAUUGGCGUUAUAAUAUUAUUACUCCAUCUGAGACAUCCCUUCCCGAAAUGAAUGAAGUGUGCCUA